CAUUAUGCUAUGACCCUACCUACAUUGGACCAGAGCAUUGCUGACAUGGGUAUGAUUUAACAACCUACGAAUUUUUAUCUUAAACAUCUUCUCCUGUGACUCCUAUGAACAAUGUCAAAGAGGAGGAGUUUGCCUGUCCAUCUGCGUUCGGAGUAAGGACAUGGUGACAAAAGUUUUGGACGCCGUCGCAAUUAUAAGAGUGGACUGAAAAAACAAGCAAUGGCCAGAUCUAAAGCAAGAAUAUACACGUGUAUCGCUUUAACGCUAGUGAGCGCGAUUGGGAUAAUUAUUUUAUGCACUGCAUUCGCCAAGCAAACUUGUACGGAAGGGGUCUUUAGAAGCGCAGCUGUAGCCGCAGACUCGGAAACAUGCUCAAAGAUUGGACGAGAUAUCCUGCAGAGAGGAGGAUCAGCAGUAGAUGGAGCCAUUGCUGCAUUACUGUGCACCUCUGUCAUAAACCCGCAAAGUAUGGGCAUUGGCGGGGGGUCCAUAUUCACGGUGAUGGACAGUAGCGGCAAGGUUAAAAUCAUCAAUUCAAGAGAGACUGUCCCUCAGGAGUUUAACCCUGAUCUACUGAGUGGAUGCCCACACACCUUCCAAAUGAUGACAGGCAGCCAAUGGAUUGGUGUCCCUGGAGAGAUCCGUGGGUAUGAGCAGGCCCACAGGUUGUUUGGGAAACUCCCAUGGGCAAGCCUCUUCCAUCCCACCAUCAAGCUGGCCAGAGAGGGUUUCCCUGUACCCCAGGUCCUGGGCCGCUUUAUCCCACUGAUCAACACGGAUGAGACCCUACCAGUACGUCAGUUGUUUCUAGAUAAGAAUGGAAACCUGCUGAAGGUUGGAGACACUGUGAAGUUUGAAAAAUUGGCUGACACAUUGGAGAUCAUUGCAAACCAAGGGGCAGAUGCUUUUUACACUGGAAAAGUAGCAGAGGAUUUAAUCGGCGACAUAAAAGAAGCAGGUGGAACACUAUCCAUGAAGGACCUGGAAUUGUUUAAAGUGACUGUGACAGAUGCAUGGACCAUUCCUCUAGGAGAGUACCAGAUGCACUUCCCCCCGCCCCCAUCAGGAGGCGCUAUCCUCAGCUUCAUCCUCAACAUCAUGAAAGAAUACACCCUAAACUCAGCUUCUCUGAUGGGAAAACAAAAGACUCUCACCUACCAACGCUACAUCGAAGCAUGUAAAUUUUCUAACGGACUGAGGAAGUACAUCCGUGAUCCACACUUCAACUCAGAACCAAGAGCAUUGAAGUUCACUGAGCAGCAGUUUGCUGACCACUUCAGGGCCAUGAUCAGCAGUAAUGAGACCCAUGAUGCUCAGUACUACAACAUCGCUCCAUACCUGGACACCAUGGGCACCACACAUGUGUCUGUGAUAGCUGAGGAUGGAACUGCCGUCUCUGUUACCAGCACUAUCAAUCACAUGUUUGGAUCCAGAGUGUUCUCCCCUAAAACUGGUGUCAUCCUCAAUAAUGAGUUGGCAGAUUUCUGUGGGAAGGCAGAUCACAUUGUUGCAGGUGAGCAGCCUCCCUCCUCCAUGUCACCUGUUGUCCUGCAGUCCAAGUAUAAGACUCUGGUGAUUGGCGGGUCAGGUGGCAGCAUGAUCACCACAGGGAUGGCCUUGACCCUCAUGAACCACCUGUGGUUUGGGAAGAGUCUGGAGGAGGCCAUCGCUGCCCCCGUUGUGUUUGUGGAUUCCAAAAACGCACUGAAGUUUGAACCUGACUUUGACAAGGCUGUGGUGGAGGAUCUGAAGAAUUUUGGGCACACAGUGGAAGAUCAAAAGUACUUCUACAACGUGGUCAAUGCUGUAGAGAAGGACAUCGGUUGCAUCCAAGCCGUUUCAGAUUCCAGAAAGAUGGGCAAGGCCGCUGGUUAUUAGUCUUCCAGACUGUUGGUCACUGACUCUGGAUAUAUGUAGAUAGUAUUCCAACUGUCAAUAUAGAGCUACUGUAGCUAUAUCAAAAACAUGGUUCUAGUUAUGCCUCAGACAAAAUGUGAUUGUGCAGACAGUAUAUGCUUCUCAUCCCAUUUACUACAGUAUCAACAGGCAACGUGUUGAACAGCAACCUCUGAUAUUAAGUCACAAAUAGGAGCAUACUGUAUUUCAUUGUAAUGUAGAGGAUGAUUGAAUGCUAGAUCUGUCCUAUCUUCUCUUCCCCAUCCUUUUUUCUAGAACUUACUGGAUAUUAUUCCAGUACUGGAAUGUAUGUACUUAAUAAUGUACACUGAACAAAAAUAUAAACACAACAAUUUCAAAGAU